CACACUCAGUUAAUGCGAGCUCAGGAGGGGAAAUAGAGGACGACGUGCAGGAGGAGAGACCGCUGAGAGAGAAGAGAGGCGGAAAGUGUCACCCGACCGGCACAUUUUUAAAGUAUUUAAUUUAUUCAUUAUUGCUUUGUAAUAUAUCGUGAUAAGAAGAAAGAUGCCUCAGUCAGAAAACAAGAAAUUCUUCGAGAACCUGACAGGCGCUGGGAAAGCCAUUGCAGUGCUAACGAGCGGAGGAGAUGCGCAAGGGAUGAAUGCUGCUGUUCGGGCUGUUGUCCGUAUGGGAAUCUAUGUUGGAGCCAAAGUGUAUUUUAUUCAUGAGGGAUAUCAGGGUAUGGUGGAUGGGGGCGACAACAUCGCGGAGGCGAAAUGGGAGAGUGUGUCCAGCAUGCUACAAGUGGGCGGCACCGUUAUUGGCAGCGCACGAUGCAAAGAGUUUCGAACACACGAGGGCCGUCUGAAAGCGGCUCAUAACCUGGUGCGGAAGGGAAUCACUAACCUGUGCGUGAUUGGUGGAGAUGGGAGCUUGACCGGGGCCAAUCUCUUUAGAGAGGAGUGGAGCGGCCUCCUGGCUGAGCUCCUCGAGCAGGGUCUAAUUGAUGAAGAGGCAACUAAGAUAUACUCGGCCCUUCACAUCGUGGGGAUGGUGGGCUCCAUCGACAAUGACUUCUGUGGCACAGACAUGACCAUAGGCACAGACUCUGCCCUUCACAGAAUCAUUGAGGUGGUGGAUGCCAUCAUGACCACGGCUCAGAGUCACCAGAGGACAUUUGUUCUGGAAGUGAUGGGCAGGCAUUGUGGUUAUCUGGCGUUAGUGAGUGCCCUGGCAUGUGGAGCCGACUGGGUGUUGAUUCCUGAAAUGCCCCCUGAGGAUGGCUGGGAAGAGAAAAUGUGUCAGAAACUCUGUGCGAAACGGGCAGGAAUGAAAAGGCUGAAUAUCAUAAUAAUAGCUGAAGGUGCGAUUGAUCGUAACAACCAGCCCAUUACCUCUGAUCAUGUAAAGGAUCUGGUGGUUUGCCGUCUGGGCUUCGACACGCGUGUGACCAUCUUGGGCCACGUCCAGAGAGGCGGGACCCCCUCUGCUUUUGACAGGAUUUUGGCCAGUCGCAUGGGUGUGGAGGCUGUUCUGGCGCUGCUGGAGACCACCGCAAACACAGCAGCUUGUGUAGUGUCUCUGCGUGGAAACCAGUCUGUGCGGUUGCCGCUCAUGGAGUGUGUGCAGAUGACUCAGGAGGUGCAGAAGGCCAUGGAUGAAAGGAGAUUUGAGGAUGCCGUGCAGCUGCGUGGCAGGAGUUUUGAGAACAACUUGAAGACCUAUAAACUUCUGGCUCAUCGCAAACCAGAGUCUGAGCUGCCACAUAGCAAUUUUAAUGUGGCUGUGUUGAACGUUGGAGCUCCCGCUGCGGGCAUGAACGCGGCCGUGCGCUCUGCCAUCAGAGUGGGCAUCUCUGAGGGACACAACAUGUUUGCUGUCAAUGAUGGUUUUGAAGGAUUCGCUAAGGGACAGAUCAGAGAGAUCAAAUGGGCAGAUGUUGGUGGCUGGACUGGCCAAGGUGGAUCUCUCUUGGGAACUAAACGAACCCUUCCUGCGAAACACAUUGGCGAAAUUGCAGAGCAGAUGCGGAAAUAUAACAUAAACGCACUGUUAGUCAUUGGAGGAUUCGAGGCCUACCUGGGGAUCAUGGAGUUGUUAGCGGCCCGCGGGACAUACGAAGAGCUGUGUGUGCCAAUGGUCAUGGUUCCGGCCACUGUCUCCAACAAUGUGCCCGGCUCAGACCUCAGCAUUGGCGCAGACACGGCUCUGAACACCAUCACUGAUACAUGUGAUCGCAUCAAACAGUCAGCCAGCGGUACGAAGCGCCGUGUGUUCAUCAUUGAGACGAUGGGGGGAUACUGUGGUUAUCUGGCCAGUGUUGGUGGUCUGGCAGCUGGAGCAGAUGCUGCGUACAUCUAUGAAGAACCGUUCAACAUCAGAGACCUGCAGGCUAAUGUGGAGCACUUGACGACAAAAAUGAAGUCCAGCAUUCAGAGAGGACUUAUUCUGAGGAAUGAGAGCUGUAAUGAGAACUACACCACAGAUUUCCUCUAUCAGCUCUAUUCAGAAGAGGGCAGGGGUGUGUUUGACUGCAGGAAGAAUGUUCUGGGACACAUGCAGCAGGGUGGCUCACCUUCUCCAUUCGACCGUAACUUUGGGACCAAAAUCGCUGCAAAGGCCAUGCAGUGGAUCACCAAGAAACUGACUGAUAGCUACAGGCAAGGGAGAGUGUUUGCUAACACGGAGGACUCAGCCUGUUUGCUGGGCAUGCGGGGUCGUGCUAUGGUCUUCCAGCCUGUGGUUCAGCUAAAGGAAGAGACUGACUUUGUGCACAGAAUUCCCAAGGAACAGUGGUGGCUGAAGCUACGUCCACUCAUGAAGAUCUUGGCCAAGUACAAGACCAGCUACGACGUGUCGGACUCUGGACAGCUGGAGCACGUGGUCCUCAACAGACCCAAAGCUUUUGAGGCCGCCAUUUAAACUCCUCCAAAUAACUGCGAUAUUCAAAGGUCACGCUUCAGACCAGCGUGUCUGUCCUGUAAACGACGUCUCCGACGCUUUUGUUCCCCAGGCUGACACCUCUUUGUUGACAUCGCGUUGUUGGGAAAAUGUCACCUUUUGUUAUUUUACAGAAGUCAAUGUUAUAACCGUAGGAGAGCGUAUGAAGCAGUGCUGUAUAGUUUGACGUGUUUUAUGUCCUUUCACUUCUGGUGCCCCGGGUUGGCCCCGCUGUCACCCAUCACUUUAGUGCUCCGCUUCAGUGCACACAGCUCUCCCUCUGAGAAAAAUUCAGAAAUGAUUCCACUCUCUGGUGUCCUGCGCUGUAUGUGGCGACAUACACAUUGCCAGAACACUGUUUGAAUGUAUUGCUUUAUUAGUGUCCACAUUGUCCUUACGAAUAAAGAUCACAGUCACUAUG